GAAUGAUAGGCUACAGGCAGCAUUUAUCAUCGUCCUAAUGGACAAUGAGGCUCUUAUGACUUCAUCGUUGAGCGUAGUGCUGGGGUAUAUGGGAGAAUAUAAGGAGAGGAGACGCCGAGGAGAAUGGCAAGCUCUGAAGCAGCAACCCAUUGCGUCUCAAAUCUUAAGCCAUGACUUCGCUACGCAAUCAGGAUCAAGCCGCGGCCGUCUACACCCUUGCCGAAGGACGCCCAGUCCAGGAUCCAACUACAUCCACGGUCCUUCGGGGACCUACGGUGCGCGGUGGUGGCCUUGCGCUUCUGGAAGAUACGCAGUUGAUCGAGACGCUUGCCCACUUUCCGCGAGAACGGAUUCCCGAACGCGUAGUGCACGCCAAAGCCGCAGGCGCGUGGGCCGAAUUUGAAUGCACGAAAGACAUCACCGACAUCACUUCAGCCAACAUUUUCUCGGAAGUCGGCAAAAAGACCAAAGUCCUGAUGCGCAUCUCCACAGUCGCGGGAGAGAAAGGAUCCCCUGAUACAGUGCGCGACAUUCGCGGCUGGGCUAUGAAGUUCUUCACUGACGAGGGCAACUACGACAUCGUCGGCAACGAUCUGCCCGUCUUCUUCAUCCGCGAUCCAAUCAAGUUCCCCUCGCUGAACAGGAGCCACAAGCGCCAUCCGCAGACCAAUGUUGCGGACGCCUCCAUGUUCUGGGAUUUCCACAACAGCAAUCAAGAAGGCGUGCAUUGCCUCAUGCAGCUCUUUGGCCAGCGCGGUGUUCCCGCUUCCCUCCGCCACAUCAACGGAUAUGGUGUCCAUACCUUCAAAUUUGGCAAUCCCGAGGACGGCACCUUUAAAUACGUCAAGAUCCACUUCAAGCCCGAUGCCGGCGUUGAGAACCUCACUGACGAAGAGAGUGUGCGCUUAGCGGGCGAAGAACCCGACUUCCACGUCAAGGAUCUCUACAACGCCAUCGAGAAGGGCGACUACCCUACCUGGACGAUGUAUCUCCAGAUCAUGGAUCCGAAGGAAGCUGAGAACUACCGCUGGAAUAUCUUCGAUGCGACGAAGAUCUGGCCGCACAAGGACUAUCCGCUCGUUCCGGUCGGCAAGCUCACGCUGAACAAGAAUCCCGAUAACUACUUUCAGGACAUUGAGCAAGCUGCAUUUUCGCCAUCGACUAUGAUUCCUGGCAUUGGGCCGUCCGCGGACAUCAUGCUCCAGGCGAGGAUGUUCAGCUACCCCGAUGCUGCGCGGUAUCGUGUCGGACCGAACUACCAGCAGAUUCCGUGCAAUAAGGCCAAGUAUGUGUACUCACCGUAUCAGCGUGAUGGACCGGGGUGCAUCAACGGGAACUAUGGCAGCGAUCCGGACUACGUCCGCUCCUCCUUCCGCAAGAUCAAGUCAGGCCCCGCAGAUGUCGCGCACGACGAAUGGGUCGGCAGAGUCUCCGCCUACUCCUCAGAGGUCACGGACGAAGACUUCGAGCAAGCGCGCGACCUGUGGAAGAUCUACCUUGAUACGAAAGACGAUGAGAACUUCAUCAACAACCUGUGUGGGCAUCUGAGCAAGGCACUGCCGGAGGUGCAGAAGGAAGCCGUCAAGAUGUUUGCGAAAGUGGACGAAGAGAUCGGAAAGAGAAUGGAGAAGAGGCUGGAUGAGCUGAGCCAUAUUGGUCCGGAUCACGUGAAAGCGCCAUAUGGGUUUAUGGCGGCGUACGGCGGCGGGUAUUAGCGAGCUCUCUCGUCUCACUUACUGCGGCGUUGCUAGUUCCUUUUUCUUAUCUCUCGUGCGAGUCCUCUAAACUUGCACCGUCAUCUUUGUUCCUACGCAUGGUUGGCCGUG